GGGAUAUAUAGGUCCGAGCUUUUCGCAUGAUCGCUUCACUUCUCGCAUUUUUCUCGCUGUUCUCAUCCGCGAUGGCCGCCAACAAGGAACGUACCUUCAUCAUGAUCAAGCCCGACGGAGUCCAGCGUGGACUCGUCGGCCAGAUCAUGCAGCGCUUCGAGGCCAAGGGCUUCAAGCUGGUCGCGAUGAAGUUCAUGUGGCCAUCGAAGGAGCUGCUCGAGAAGCACUACGCCGACCUGUCGGCCCGUCCGUUCUUCCCCGGACUGGUCACGUACAUGAGCUCCGGCCCGGUCGUACCGAUGGUCUGGGAGGGCCUGAACGCCGUCAAGACCGGCCGCAAGAUGCUGGGCGCCACCAACCCGGCCGACUCCGAGCCCGGCACCAUCCGUGGCGAUCUGUGCGUCCAGGUCGGACGUAACAUCAUCCACGGCUCGGAUGCGGUCGAAUCGGCCAACAAGGAGAUCGCUCUGUGGUUCAAGGACGAGGAGCUGGUAUCCUGGACGCCGGCCACCGAAGGAUGGGUGUACGAGUAAAGCGCUUGUUCUCGGUGCAAACACUCACACACACGCGGGCUAACACUGAAACAAUCAAGCAUUUACACACUCACUGACAAACACACACACACACUCUCUAACUCUCUAAUCACUGUGUGAAGGAGAAGAAGGAGGAAAAGGAAUAUUCCUGUUUUAUUUUAUACAAUUAUGUGUAUCGUCGUACUCAAGUUUGCUUUUAAAAGUGUGCUUCUGGAACACUGAGAACGCGAGAGGAAGAAUAAAAAUGCUAGAGAAAUGGAAAA